GCUACCUAACGCUAGAAAAAAUCAUUGUACACAAUUUGUCCUGUUUAAGGCUGGACAUGUCAUAAGUAAUCUCAAAACAGGUAGAAUCAUGCUCCUACCUUCAAAUUUAAAUAACUAUGGGUGAGCUACCGAGCGCCGCACACACCACACCGCACCGCCUUGACUCCCCAGCGCCAUUUCUGCGUUGUUGCAUAAUUACAAUAUUUUGGCUUAUCAAGAACCAUAAAAAAUGUACCGGGCUGAGGUAACAAUAAUAAUGCAAUGAAAAUCAUUUCUUAUCGCGUUUAGGUAAGUCAGUUUUGAUCUCAUGUCUCUAUGCAGAGCUAUGUUGUUGAUCAGGGGUUUACCACUGAAUGGAGCAGCAGUGGGACUUUUACUCUUGUGGAACUUUGUAUCACCCCCUGGUGCAAGUAAAAAUCUUAUAUGGUGCUAAUGGCUUAGUCUCUCAGAUCAAAAGCCUUGCUGACAUGAGCAGGACUGCUUGCUGCUUUUUGUUUGCCCUUGCCAAAAUCAUCAUCUUGCAGACCAUUCUCCAAAUCCUGGUGAUGGCUGUGGGGCUAAUUUUUGAUCUCCCAUUAAAAGAGGAUUAACAUGUCCUCCAUUCCUGCAUGUACUGCCUCUGCCUUGGGCUUAUCUUACAUUAUGUCUUAAGGUUGUCUGUACUUGACCUCCAGACUGCAAUAAGUGCAUAGUUUGGGUAGCAUUCAUAACAUAGAUGUUAUAUUUAGGGACAUUGCUGGGUGGCAUAUCAGUGUGUUCAGCCUGAGGGUGUGCACUCUGUAACUUUGAGUGCUCAGAGUUCUGUGCAUGUUUGUCACCAUUUUCAGCACAGAGAGCCUAUGUUUCACAAAAUUGUGAUGUUGCAAAGAUACUGCAGGCAGAAACACUCACAAAACAUUUUUCACAAAUAUUUUGAAAAUAAUGCACAAUUUGACAUGGUGUCAGACAUGAGUGGAGCACACACUUUUGCAAGGAUUAGUGUGCUGAUGUCAGGUGGACAUCUGGAGCAGUGGAUGGACAUUUGGAGACUAGCUUGAUCCUGUGAUCCAUGGGGAUUCAUAGUCUGACUGGAUACAAGGUGGCUUCCAACAUCUGCACCCUAAAACUCCAAUCAUCAUUGUCAUCUAACUGUGGGAUUUAUUCUAUUCAUUAGGAUCAGUUGCUUUGUGUAAUGCCAGGCAUUUCAUAUAAAUCAUGCUGCAGAUAAGAUGACCACUGAUGUAAAUCAUUCUCACACAUGUAAGUUUGAUGGCAUAAACAAUUGCUAAAGCAAGCCAUUACAUUUACUGUACUCUGCACAGGUGUGAAGAGCCUUCCAGUCAGCAUGUACAGGGCCAUGCGAAAGCUGGUGUGUGUGACUGGCGCCACCCUGGGGCCCGUUCGCCGUGCCCUGACCCGGCUCAGCGAGGCCACAUUUGGUCGUCAUCUGCUCCUCACCAAUGUCUCAGUAUCUGUGUUGCUGUCAGCACUGGGGGACUCUCUUCAGCAGAGGUACCAGAUAGAGCGGGGCGCGCGUCGCGGCUACGACCGCCACCGGCUCGGCUACAUGUCCGGCUGCGGCCUGGGCGUCGGCUUCCUCUGCCACUACUGGUACCUGGCGCUCGACCGACUCUGGGUCGGACGCACCAUCGGCGUCGUGGCCAAAAAGGUGCUGCUGGACCAGGUGGUGUUCUCGCCGAUCCUCAUAUCGACCUUCCUCGUCUCGCUGGAGGUCCUGCGUGGCCACGGCGUCCAGGACAUGGCCUCCACGCUAAAGGCCAAGUUCGCCAGGCUCUACAUCGCAGAAUGGACCAUCUGGCCCCCUGCGCAGGCAUUCAGCUUCUACUGUUUGCCCACUAGGUACCGGGUGCUCUGGGACAACACCGUCUCACUCGGCUACGACGUGUACACCUCGUACGUCGUGCACGACGAUGACGACGACGACGACGACCUGCCGCCGCAGCAGAUGGGUGCGAUAGAGCGCGUGAUGUACGACGCCAGGAACUUGUGACCGGAGCCUCAGCGCUGGUGACGACCGCUAGUCUGUGGGGCCGCUAGCGAGAGCUCGACCCGCCACCACUCGGGGGCUGCAGCAGAGCUGGUACGACACCAAAACCCGGCCUUAAAACAGAUAUGCAUCAGAGACCGUUCGUGUCCAAGGAGCCUUUGUUGUGGUUCGCUUCCCCACGCUGUCAACAGUCGACGGUGAUUGGCGAAUAAGGACGCGGCGAAUGCUGCUUUAAACAUGGUGCGCUUACAGGCGACCAGCGGUUCGUUUAUCCAUAUCAGUUUUUGAUGGGCUCCGGGUUCGUGGGGUUCCCUCUCGUUGGCGGCCAUAGAGUAGUACACAUACCGUGUGGUAGAGUGCACCGGCCCAGCUCCGUUUGAGAGUGGCUGUUCUGUUCACUAAGAUGCCAUCCGGGUGGUCCCAGGACCAGUCACUUUGCUCAGACCAUGGCGAAAGGUGUGUUGCUUUUGGUCUGGGUGUGCCUCACAUUGCAGGAUAUGUGUUGGGUGUGUGAGGAGGGGUGAGCGAGAGCUACAUAACGUGCCUUCAUCCGUUAGUGUGUUUGUGGUGUAUUGUAUAGCGUCGCUGAAUCGAUUAGAUCAUGAUGCGCAAUCAACAACUUUCUGAGGCGAUUGUAGAGACAUAUUGUAUUGCUGGCAAGGGUCACUACAGCACAGAUCAGCCACAUUGCAGUGCGAAGCUAGGAGAGUUCUGAUCACUUGGUGAGGUGUACGAUACUACGUCGGAGCCUGGCAUAGCUCGGUUGUAUCUCUUUAUGUAGGCACAAUAGCGCAGAAGUCCAGUCCGCCGAACUUAUGGAUUUAAUGUACGGAUGGCUGAAUUUAACGUCUUGUUACCUCAUUUGACGUGUUUAACUAGGUUGUCAGACAUUUACAGCAUCGACCGAGAUCUUCGAAAUGUCGUACCUGGUGGAUUGGACAUAGUGACGUAGAUGUACUGAUUUGAAGAUAUACCCGUCUGAUGGCAUAUAAGUGACAGUGUACGUAUUGAUGUGAUGUGUUCAUAUGGAAUGGCGCCGUCUGUAUGAUGUGUUGAAACGCAGGUAUAGAGAUGCUGGUCGUGACUGACUUCGGCUGGUAUCGUGCAUACCGUAGGCGCGCCAGUAACUUGAGGAUGUUGGGCGGUCGUCAGGGAAGAAUGCCGAGCGGUUCCCGCCCCGGGCCUUCAAGCAUUGCGGCUGUGACACUGUCGAGGGUACAGCACUGCACCAAUACAAAUGGAGCUGGUUGUGCA